CAUUUUAAAUUUAAACAAAUAGGCAACCACCCUCCACCCAUUUCAGAAGCCAGUGCAAAAAUAAGGAGGGCUGUCAAAAGGAAAUUUCCCCACAACCAGUGCCAUGAUUGUACAUUGACAGCAGAGGGCGCUGGUGUUUGCAAAGCAGGAAAGAGAGGCAACCCUCUCUUCUCACACAACCCUGCUCUGCAGGCAGAGGUGGAACUGGGUUUAGCUGAGGCAGCGGCUGCACCUUCCAAAAGGGGAUUUGCAAGAACCAUCUUAGCGCCAGCCUUCUUUGCAGCCAGGAAGGAGGAGGGGUGCCCUGUUGCUUCAGACCGAAAACUCCCCUGGGUUCUGUAGCUGUGAUUUUGAAUGGAAAGAGGCAUAGGCAAAACAGAAGGGCUGAGCUUCUGGUGCAAAAAGGAGCUGUGAAAAGUAACAGGACUGCAUAUUUCCCACCUCUGGAACUCAGGGUAGAGUACAAGCCCCACCAAGGCCAGCCCCACCCUUAGGCAAACUGAAGCAGCUGCUUCGGGUGGUAAAUCUCCAGGAACCCUUCUGACCCUGAGAGGCGGCAGAAUUUCAUUUUGGCUUCCUUUUGGCACCGCCCCAUUCAUCAAGCAUCAUGGCGCUUCCCCAGCUGACUUUUGAGGAGGUGGCUGUGUAUUUCACUGAGCAGGAAUGGGCCUUGCUGGAUGCGAACGAGAGAGCCUUAUAUUGGGAUGUCAUGCAGGCGAACUACGAGCACCUGACUUCACUCGGUGUUCUCCUCACCCCAACAGAUGGCAGGAUUUCAUCUUGGCUUCCUUUGGCACCCUCCCAUUCUCCUGUCAGCAUGGAAAUUCCCCAGGUGGUGGCUUUUGAGGAGGUGGCUGUGUAUUUCACUGAGCAGGAGUGGGCCUUGCUGGAUGCGAGCAAGCGAGCGCUUUACUGGGACGUCAUGCGGGAGAAUUACGAGCGCUGGACUUCACUGAGUGGUUGCUAUCAACAACGAGACCUUAAAUCUACGGAGCCUUGUGGGAGAUUGCUGAAAUAUUCCCGAGAGAGGGAAUCUCCCAGUCCCUGUCACGAGGAGGAGAAACAACCAGUGGAGAAGUCGGGCGAAACAGCCCCGUUCAAAGGGAGCAUCAGCGCUGCAAAAUGUCAUCCGGUCGACAUGGGAGAAAGGAAGGAUUCCUGUCCCAAGUGUGGGAAAAGCUUCUGUCACAAAUCAGCACUCACUGCACACCUGAGAAUCCACACAGGAGAGAAGCCGUACCAGUGCCACGAUUGUGGGAAAAGCUUCAAUCAGAGCUCAGCCCUGACUCAGCACCAGAGGAUCCACACUGGGGAGAAACCCUACGCCUGCCUCAGCUGUGAGAAAAGAUUCAGUCAGAGCUCAGCCCUCACUCAACAUCAGAGAAUCCACACCGGGGAGAGGGCUUACGCGUGCCUUGAUUGUGGGAAAAGCUUCAUUUACCAGUCGGCCCUCAUACGGCAUCGUAGAAUCCACACUGGAGAAAAAUGCUACAAGUGCCCUGACUGUGGGAAAGGCUUCAACCAAAGCUCUAACCUUAUUACACAUCAGAAAAUUCAUAAUGGGAUACCUUGCAGGAGCAAGAAGAAGACGCCUCAGCAGCAAGUUUGUGAGCCAUUAGAACCACCUGGAAUACAACGAGUUUCCCCUCACAAUCCUCAAGUGGAAAAAGAGAUUCGGAACCAGGGAAGCUUUCAGAGAAACCCCUCAGAGCAGGCCCAGGAUCAAGUCGUUUCUAGAACAGGUAGUUUCAUAUCUCAGGAAGAUGUCACGAUAAAGACAAGGCCUGCUAGGGUUAAGAGGCCACUCGUAUGUCACGACUGUGGAAAGAACUUCAAGUACAGUUCCCAUCUGGUUAACCACCUGAGAAUACACACAGGAGAGAAACCUUACGUCUGCCCAGACUGCGGGAACAGGUUCAUUCAGAACUCAGCCCUCAAGAGGCACCAAAGGAGCCACAGAGGCGACAGACCCUAUGGAUGUUCCGACUGUGGGAAAACCUUUAGCCGGAACUCUCACCUGGCGAAACAUCGAGUGAUUCACACGGGAGAAAAGCCUUACGAGUGCCUUGACUGCGGGAAGAAAUUCAGCGUCAAAAUGAACCUAGCGAUUCACCAACGGAUUCACACGGGAGAGAAGCCAUAUAUGUGCUUGGAGUGCGGGAAACGCUUCAGCCAGCGACCCCACUUUAUGAUCCACCAGAGAAUCCACACGGGAGAGAAACCUUACCAGUGCUCCGAAUGCGGGAAAAGCUUUCGCGUGAGUUCGCACCUUGUCGCACAUCAGAGAAUUCACGCGGGGAAGACGUCGUUCAUAUGUCCGGACUGCGGGAAAAACUUCAGUGGUAGCAAGAAGUUUAUUCAACAUAAGAUGUCCCAUCUCAUUGGAGAAAGCUAUCAGCUGCCCAUUGCAGCUGUGACCAUUAAGAGUGACCCAUUUGCCCCCGGUUCUGUAGGUCUGGAAGGCAGUGGCUACAGUCCUGGAGCGAAUCAGUGAAGUCCCGGCUGUGUUGGGCUAAAACAAAGAAAGGGAAACCUUGAUAAACCCUGUCGCAUAACUGCAAAUGGUGAGAUCCUUUCUACAAUUAGAGUUUGAAGGGAAGGUGGCUGGAAAAAGGCAUUUUCACUCAAACUUCAAACCCUUUUGCUGCAGUUGAGAGCCAGAUGUACCAGAUAGAGUGUUGGGCUUGGCCUGGUUUGGACAUGACUACUCGGCCAUGACGCUUGCCAGUGACCUGGGACCAAUUGUCAUGUCAGCCUAACCUACCUCACAGGGCUGUUAGCAGGAUGAAAUGGAUAAAACCUUGUUGUAUAGAC